AUGGUUGGAGGUGUUUGUUUUGUUCUCUUAGUUAGUCUGGUUGGAUUUGUUUUGGGUCUCAUCUUCAACCAUUUCUUGCCUUUGUUGUUGAAUCUUGGUCUUCCCACUCCAAAGGGUACUUUUGGGUGGCCUCUGCUUGGUGAAACCCUCUCUUUCUUAAAGCCUCAUUGUUCCAAUUCUAUCGGCUCUUUCCUUUACAACCACAUUUCAAGGUAUGGGAAAGUGUUCAAAUCCCAUUUGUUUUGUUCCCCAACAAUUGUAUCAUGUGAUCAAGAACUCAACUACUUCAUACUUCAAAAUGAAGACAAAUUGUUCCAAUGCAGUUAUCCAAAACCCAUUCAUGGUGUACUUGGGAGUUCUUCCAUGCUUGUGGUUGUGGGAGAAACGCAUAAAAGGUUGAGGAAUAUGGCUUUUACACUGGUUGGAACAACUAAAUCAAAACCAGAAUACUUAAAUGACAUUGAGAGAACAGCUAUCCAAAUUCUAAAUACUUGGAAAGGAAAGCAACAAGUCUUGUUUUGUGAAGAAGCUAGAAAGUUCACGUUCAAUGUUAUCGUAAAGCAGAUCCUUGGGUUAACACCAGAUGAUCCACAAACAUCAAAGAUAUUAGAAGAUUUCCUAACUUUUAUGAAAGGAUUGAUCUCUUUUCCAAUGUAUAUUCCUGGAACCCCAUAUGCAAGAGCUGUUCAAGCUAGGACUAGGAUAUCUACUACUGUCAAAGCAAUGGUAGAAGAAAGAAGAAAAUGUAGAAUUAUCGAGGGUGAUAAUAAUAACAGUUCUAAGAUGAAUAAUGGUGAUUUUCUUGAUAUGCUUAUAUCAGUUAACACUUUGUCUGAGGAUGAGAAAGUGAGUUUUGUUCUUGAUUCAUUACUUGGUGGUUAUGAAACUACUUCUCUCUUGAUGGCCAUGGCUGUCCAGUUUCUUGGUCACUCACCAUCUGCAUUACAACAAUUAAAGGUGGAACAUGAAAACAUAAGAGGAGGCAAGGAGGAAAAUGAGUACUUGAAUUGGGAAGACUAUAAGAAAAUGGAAUUUACUCAAAAUGUUAUUAGUGAAUCUUUGAGAUGUGGGAACAUUGUCAAAUUUGUGCAUAGAAAAGCUCUCAAAGACAUUAGAUUUAAAGAUUAUAUAAUUCCAUCUGGUUGGAAGGUCCUACCUGUUUUUAGUGCAGUCCAUCUAGAUCCGUCUCUUCAUGGUGAUGAUGCUCUUGAGUUCCAUCCUUGGAGAUGGGAGAAUCAGAGCCAAACAUGCAAGAAAUUCACUCCAUUCGGUGGAGGACCAAGAUUCUGUCCAGGAUCUGAACUUGCUAAAGUUGAAACUUCAUUCUUUCUCCAUCAUCUUGUUCUUAAUUUCAGAUGGAAUCCUGAAGGUGUUGACCAGUCAAUGGCAUAUCCGUACGUUGAAUUUCAAAAUGGUUUGCCAUUGAAAGUGGAUCAGAUUUUAUCAGAGGCAUCCUGUUGAUUUGAGAAAGGACCUUCCCUGUGAUACUUUUCGCUUCUGAGGGCCAGUUAAAAGUUUCAGCACAAGCACAGAAGACCCGAGAGAUAUUCCCAGUGAAUGAGGAUUCCUAUUGUAAUAUUUCUAAAAAGUGAGGGAUUUGUGUGAAA